UCCAGUGAGCUGCACGCGAGUUGGAUUAUGUGCGCGUUUCGAGUCCGCGAUUGAACACGAUCGAGGAAUCGCGCGUGCUCCACCGAAACAAUAACUUCCGGUGUUCGAUACGCUAAACCACGAAACGUUACUUGUCGAUGAAACGCCGAUUUUGCCUAGAAACCGUGCUGGGUCAAACACGGAAGAGAGGCGGCGAGAAACACGGUCGAGCGAUCUAAGAAUAUGGCAUAGAUAGAGAAUCAAUCAAUCGGCAGCAUGUGCUAUGUGAUAGUCACUGGACGCAGUCUGUUAUGGACGCUCUUAUCUCUGGCAGCGUUGAUGGCAGUUUUAUCAGGCCUCAUCACUCCCAGAUGGCUUGUAGGACCACCGACCAUUAAGGACACAAAAAACGGAACGGAACUGUAUACACCAACCGUCGGGAUCUACAAUCGUUGCACGAGAUUAUUCGGCAAGACGCACUGCGCGAAUUUCAACGUCGACGGCUUUGCGACGGAUUCCAACGUCUUCCCGGGAUGCUGGAAGGCGUCCCUGUUUUUCCUGUCCGCGGGCCUGGCGGCGAUGUCGGUGACCGUGAUAGCCGCCCUGCUCGGAUGCUGCGUGCAGAGCAUCGGCCGCAAGAGCAUCUUCAAUCUGGCGGGAGUGGCGCAAGCCGUUGCCGGAAUAUUAUAUCUUUUCGGGAUGAUUCUGUAUCCUGCCGGUUGGGGUGCUGAAAGAGUACAGAGGAUCUGCGGUCCCGAAGCCGAUGCCUUCUAUCUCGCUAACUGCAGUCUUGGCUGGGCGUUUUAUAGCGCGGCGAUCGGCGUUGCUCUCACCUUCGUCUGCGCCGCUUUUAGCGGACAGGCGGAGAAGUCGACGGCCAGUGACAAGGUCCAGGACAAAAUGAACGAAGGAAAGACCCUAAUAUGCUUAGCCUGAGCAUGCAAAUAAAAUCAGCGAGGGGUCUGGCCUCGCCAUAAUGGGUGCCACGGUGCGAGGCGUCGAAAUGGGAUACUAGAAGAAAACCAGUGCAACCAGAAAUAUUCACCUCGUUGUGUUCAUCGCGCAGCAGAAUGAGACGAAAGUUUUAUCGUGGUCGAAAUUGUUGCACGAAUAAUUUAAUUAUGGGUUUGCAAGGCAAAUGAACAUUAUUGGUGAAUGUCAUACGCGACGUAUUGUAUGCACAAUGAUCAAAUAUUGGAUGUACUUACCGUCUUUCCACACUUAGUGCCGCAAUUUAUACUGACGCCUACGAUGCUCGCAGAGAAUUCCUAUUUUAUAUCUUAUACAUGUUUUUAUAUGUUAA